AGUCUUACUUAUGAAGAAGUUUGGUCAAUCAUUUCUUUCUAAAUCCUAAUUCCGAUUUUUUCCUUGCAUAAAAAAAAAUAAAAAAUUGAAAAGCGCGUUUCAACAAAUCCACCGGAAGCACUUCGUGAAAAGUCGAUAUAUAACUAGAAUCCAGUAACUGUACCAGUUUUCAACCGGACAAAAAUUCUUCGCCAUCCCAACUCCUCUUCGCUCUCAUUCUGGUGGCGAACACCGACACAACCACCACCACUUCCUCCUCCGUCGUCUUCUUCUUCUUCUUCAUCAAUUCUCAUAUCUUAUUAUUCAUAAUUCAUAACUCAACCACCGACAAAAACCAUUCGCAAGAAGCUUCUAGAUCUCGAUCUCGAACGCCAUGGCGUUUUUGAGAUCUCUCGUUUUCUCUACACUUCUUCUCUGUCUCUUUCACACCGCUUACUGCUUCUACCUUCCCGGCGUCGCUCCACAGGAUUUCUACAAGGGAGAUAUAUUGCAAGUGAAAGUAAACAAAUUGACAUCAACAAAGACCCAGCUUCCAUACUCAUAUUAUUCACUUCCUUAUGUUGCCCCCAAAAAAAUACAGGAUAGUGCAGAAAAUCUUGGGGAAGUUCUUCGUGGUGAUCGCAUUGAAAAUUCACUAUAUGUGUUCAAAAUGCGCGAGCCACAAAUGUGUAAUAUUGUGGGUAAAAUUAAACUUGAUGCAAAAAAUGCCAAGGAGUUCAAAGAGAAGAUCAAUGAUGAAUAUCGGGUGAACAUGAUCCUAGAUAACCUUCCUCUAGUUGUUCCCAUAAAACGGAAUGAUCAGGAUUCUACUGUUUACCAGCUUGGUUUCCAUGUCGGUCUCAAAGGGCAGUAUACCGGGAGCAAGGAGGAAAAGCAUUUUAUCCACAAUCAUUUGGCAUUUACUGUCAAGUAUCACAGAGACGUGCAAACUGAAUCUGCUAGAAUUGUGGGCUUUGAGGUGAAGCCGUUCAGUGUUAAACACGAGUAUGACGGUAAAUGGGAUGAGAAGAAGACUCGUUUGACAACCUGUGACCCUCAUGCUAAGCACACAGUUGUGAACAACAACUCCCCUCAAGAAGUUGAAGAGAACAAGGAAAUUAUCUUCACAUAUGAUGUAGACUUCCAGGAGAGUGAUGUGAAAUGGGCUUCAAGAUGGGAUGCCUAUUUGCUAAUGAAUGAUGACCAAAUUCACUGGUUCUCUAUUGUUAACUCAUUAAUGAUUGUUCUCUUCCUUUCGGGAAUGGUGGCAAUGAUAAUGUUGAGGACACUCUAUCGUGACAUUGCAAAGUAUAAUGAGCUUGAGACCCAGGAAGAAGCCCAAGAGGAGACUGGUUGGAAGCUUGUCCAUGGGGAUGUAUUUAGGCCUCCUAACAACUCAGAUUUGCUGUGUGUUUAUGUUGGAACUGGUGUUCAAUUUUUUGGGAUGAUACUAGUGACCAUGAUAUUCGCCAUCCUUGGGUUCCUUUCUCCUUCUAACCGGGGUGGGCUCAUGACAGCUAUGCUCUUGGUUUGGGUUUUCAUGGGAAUAUUUGCUGGUUAUUCUUCAACUCGCUUGUACAAAAUGUUCAAAGGAUCAGAGUGGAAAAAAAUUGCCCUCAGGACUGCAACCUUAUUCCCUGCAAUUGUCUCUGUCAUUUUCUUUAUAUUGAAUACUCUCAUAUGGGGCCAAAAAUCAUCUGGAGCUGUGCCAUUUGGUACGAUGUUUGCUCUGGUCUUUUUAUGGUUUGGGAUCUCUGUUCCACUUGUUUUCGUGGGUAGCUAUAUUGGUUUCAAAAAACCUGCAAUUGAGAAUCCUGUGAAAACAAACAAAAUCCCAAGGCAGGUCCCUGAACAGGCCUGGUACAUGAACCCAGCUUUCUCAGUUUUGAUUGGGGGAAUACUUCCAUUUGGAGCUGUUUUCAUUGAGCUUUUCUUUAUCCUCACCUCAAUCUGGUUGAAUCAGUUUUACUACAUCUUUGGGUUCCUCUUUUUGGUCUUCAUCAUCCUCGUUGUCACUUGUGCUGAAAUAACCAUUGUGCUCUGUUACUUCCAGUUGUGCAGUGAGGAUUACUUGUGGUGGUGGCGGUCAUACCUUACUUCUGGUUCUUCUGCACUAUACCUCUUUCUUUAUGCAACAUUCUACUUCUUUACCAAGCUUGAAAUCACAAAGUUGGUAUCUGCAAUAUUUUACUUUGGGUACAUGCUUAUAGCUUCUUAUGCAUUUUUUGUGGUAACCGGUACUAUUGGAUUCUAUGCAUGCUUUUGGUUCACAAGACUCAUCUACUCCUCUGUCAAAAUUGAUUAGUUAUAUAGCAAGUAAUGGUUUGGGUUAAUUUACUAUAGUUAUUAGAGGAUGAAGGAAGUUUGUGUAAGGAUUUUGAAAUUCAGGUACUGUCAUGUUUACGUGUAACCUAUUCUAUACAAUUUUGAAUUAUGAUGACAGUGAUUCUUUUGUUUCAGUAUCAUUUUAGUUGCCUGUCUCCAUAUUUGAGGUGGUUUGUCUAAAUGGGCUAGUAUUGUUUUUUAUGUUUGGAGCACUAUGUCUCUGUAUAAAUGAAAUCUCAUCAAUUUGAGCUUGAA